GCUUCACCGAAUUUUCCUUGUCCAAAGAAAAAGAAUAAAAAAUUGUUUCUGGAUUAAAAUCAAUGUCGACAAAAAACGUUGACACCUUCAAUGCCUCACAUAAUCGACUGCGAGCAGCCGAUUUUCAAGAUGCCGAGGAACGUGAAAACGCGGCGUACGCCGAACGUCACAAUCUUCAGAUCCUCUUCAGCGAGUUUGGUGCGCAUUUGCGCGAGAAAGACCCUAAAACAGAGCAUGAGGCUGAGCGCAUUCUAUUAGACCUGCUUACACACCGUAAAGCCGAGCGUGACCGUGCAGCCCUUCGUUUGCGCUUCAAAAAUUCAUUUGAGGUUAGUCUGGAAAACGGUCGUCGUAUGCUGAAGAUGACUGUAGAACAGGACACGGCCUUUCUACAGGUCACACAGAAGACUCGAAACAUCAAUCUGGAUGGUAAGAAUCCGAUCACUAUAGAGCAAUCUGAAGAACUGACUGAGCUAUUUUAUGAACUUGGACGUUUUGUAUUGGAAACCCAGAAGGGUGAAGUAAGUGGAUUUAUUAGUAUUGAUGACCGUGAUGUUUACUUGCUUUCGGGUGGAAAGGACUGUUUGAAUGCUGGAGACGAGUUAUUUAACGUAGCACUUCUUAUGAACAUGAACGCCAGCAAAGUUGAAAAAGAGAAGCAAGAGAGCCAACAUGAUUAAAGCGAUUGAAUGAUGAAAAGAUAGUAGGGAGUGAAGAUUAGUAUCACUAUUAAGUUUUCUUUUUUUAAUAGUCAUAUUUUAUUAUAUCAUGAGCAUUGUCAUUUUUUUCAUAUAUUAAAAGUUUGCAAUGGAUGUGUUUCUUCCCCUUUAUACUGCUCGUAUUGAUUAAAAUGAAUGCAAACAAAAAGAUUAUUUGUAAUAAUUUGUUACAAAGGUUAUACCAAACUCUGAUGGGGAAAUAUAAGAGUAGAACCCCAAUAGCGCGCCAAAGCAAAAUUGGUACACUAGAAUUCGUACCCCUUUAUUCACUUUAUUACGGAAGAUUAUAUGCAUAUACAUACAAAUAAAAGAGUUACUCGUGAAGCUUGUGAUUUAUUCCGGCAAGUUGUACAAAA